AUGACAAAAAAUGACAAUCUUUCUAACCUGAAAAAAAUAGGUGUGUACUUUUGUAAAUUUUUGCAGUUUGUGAGUCAGAAAAGUGAUCAAAAUGGCCAAAAACACUUCCAGUUCGGCCUUUAGAAAGAUAGACGUAGAUCAAUAUUGUGAAGAUAAUUAUAAUGAGGAAGAAAUUGAGCAAACAGGCCCACAAGGACCGGACGAAAACGAAGUGAAAAACUUGAUACAAAAAGGAAAACUACUAGAUGCGUUAAGAAUAGUUCUAGUUAAUGCCCCUUUAGGGAGUAAAAAUCAACAAAUAAAGGAAAACGCUCUGAAUUUGACUUUAAGAGUUCUGUUAUCAGUAAAGCCAUCACAAAUCGAAGAAGCUGUCAAUUCUUUAGAUUCUGAUCUCUUGGAUGUCUUAAUGAAAUAUGUAUAUAAAGGCUUUGAGAACCCAUCGGAAGGAAGCAGUGGGCACUUGCUUGUCUGGCACGAGAAAGUGUAUAAUGUUGGUGGAGUUGGAUGUAUUAUUAGAGUUUUAUCAGACACUAGAAGGGUUUAACUACUGAACCUGUUAUUGGAUGUAUGCAAUAAGUGAUAGGAUAUGUAUGUAAACGAAUAUUGUUUUUAUAUUUAAGUAUUAAAUACACAAAUAGAAAUAGACCAAAAUAA